UACGCGGUCUUUCAGUGAAAAAAGUCUCUGUGUUCACACCAUUACCUGUCUUGGUCCAUCCUUAACCACUCCCAUUUUCCGAAGUCUCUGUCCUGUAGUAUAAGAAUCAAUCAACAAGAAGAUCAAGUGGUGAACGAGCCACUUGAAAACACUGCAUCAAAUCUCAAGCUUACUGUCGUUCUUGAUUGUUGAACUCCAUCGUAUCAAUGGCUCCUUCAUCGAAAUCCAGAGGGCCUUAUGAAGUCUUCUUGAGUUUUAGAGGCAUGGACGUGCGUAAAAACUUCGUCGGCCAUCUCUAUAACGAGCUAGUCCGGAAUGGAAUACAUACUUUUCGAGAUAGCGAGGAACUGUGGAAGGGAGAUAAAAUAUCGAUGCUCAUGCAGGCCAUCAAAGAAUCGCGCAUCGCGAUCAUCGUCUUCUCUGAGAAUUAUGCUUUCUCGUGGUGGUGCUUGGAAGAGGUGGCCAAUAUUAUGGAGUGCAAGGAGCAGAAUGACCUCAUCGUUCUACCAGUGUUUUAUAAAGCAGACCCAAAAGAAGUGAGAGGGGGGAGAGCGAGUUAUGCACGAGGCCUAGCUAAGCAUGAGUCUAAGCAUCCCGAGAAAAUGGAGAGAUGGAAGAAAGCUCUUUGGGACGCCGGUCACUUGAUCGGGUGGACUUUGAAUGAUGGAGAUGAUGAAUCAAAUGUUUUGCAAAAAAUUGUGAAGAACAUCUCAACUCGCCUAAGCCAAACACCUUUAGAUGGAGGCAUUGGAAAGACAACAUUGGGGAAAGCCAUCAAUAAUGAUAUUUCCGGACAAUUUGAUGGUUCAAGUUUUCUAGCAGGUGUUCGAGAAAAUUCAGAAGAUCGCAAGGGUUUAGUUACUUUGCAAGAACAAUUCUUGAACGAUAUAUUAUUACCGCACAAAAAGAUAGUGGUGCCCAAUGUCGAUAGAGGCGUUAUGCUAAUACAAGAUAGACUCCGUAACAAAAGAGUUCUUAUCAUCCUUGAUGAUGUGGAUCACGAGAAGCAGUUACUUGCUUUAGCAAGAAAAGCCGAAUGGUUUGGCAAUGGGAGUAGGAUCCUCGUUACUACAAGAGAUGGCCAUUUGUUGACUCGUUGGAUAGAUGAACAUCAUGUGUAUGAAGUUAAAGCACUGGAUAACGGUGAAGCUCGUGAGCUGCUUAGUAAGCAUGCUUUUCCUCCGCACCACAAAUUAAAAAUAAGGGAAGAUCUAGUGGAUGGUGUUUUGGAUCAUGCUAAAGGCCUUCCUUUAGCACUUGUGGUGUUGGGUUCCUUCUUAUGUGGUAGAAGACAAGAUGAAUGGGAAAGUGCGCUAGACAAGCUUUCUAGAAGUCCUACGAAAGACAUCAAUGAUGUGCUCAAAAUAAGUUAUGAAGGACUAGAGCGAAAUGAGAAAGAGAUUUUUCUCCACAUUGCCCGCUUCUUUAAGGGAUGGGAUUUUGAUCACGUUAAGAAAGUUCUUGAUAGUUGUGACCUUAAUGCGAGAAUAGGAUUACUGAUUCUCACCGAGAGGUCCUUGAUAAGAACUAAGUCCGGAAGCAUACAAGUGCAUGACUUGAUUCAAUUGAUGGGUAAAGAUAUCGUGAACCAAGAAUCCGAUGAUCCCGAGAGACGCAGCAGACUAUGGGCGUAUGAGGAUGUGCUUGAUGUUCUGUCAUGCGACAUGGGAGAUUGUAACGUAAAAGUAAAAGCCAUAGUGUUGAAUUCACUUGUGCCAAUAGAGAUAUCUACUGGUCGUGAUGCUUUUACAAAGCUGAGAGGGUUGGAAUUGCUCAUUUUGGGAAAUGAUUUCCGAAAUUUGAAGUACAUGAAUUUCGACUUCUGCAAGUCGUUGGUUCGCACGCCUGACAUAUCAUGGACUCCAAAUCUCGAGGAAUUGCAUCUGAAUUUUUGCAAAAACUUGGUAGAAGUACAUGUGUCCAUCGGAGAUCAUGGCAAGUUACAGGUCUUGGAUUUACGUAAUUGCUCUGAACUUAGAAUUUUUCCAAAAGUGCUCGAGGCAAAAAAUCUACGGGAACUCCAACUUGGAAAAUGCACAAAAUUAGAAAGGUUCCCUGAUGUUCCACGUAAACUGGAAGGCCUAAUAGAGCUUGAUCUUGAAGAGACCGCUAUUAAAGGACUUCCAGCAUCAAUAGAAAAUUUGGUCUCUUUGGAGGAAAUAAAUUUAGAUAAAUGCAAGAACCUGGUACCUCGUGAUUUGGACAUUUCUCUCAUGGGAGGAGAGAUGCCAGAGUGGGUCGUCCCUGUUGAAGAGGGCUUCGUAUCUUUCAAGGCUUCAAAGGACUUAUAUGACAAGUUUCUUGGAUUGGCUUUCUCUUUCGCUGUCCAUGAACGGGAAGAUAGGAUGACCCCUGCCAAUUUUGAGAUUUUUUCAUAUGUUGAGGGCGAAGGGCGGUAUUUCCGAGGAGAUCCGAGUUUUCAUGUGGAUGUUCCAGAUUAUGAUUAUACGUGGAUUCAGUAUUUCGUACCAUCUGACCUGUGGGGUGUAGUCGAUUUUGGUCAAAUUGAUGGGAAUUAUGUACAAUUCAGCCUUAGUGUGUCAACUACAUAUGUGAAAAAGUGGGGUCUCCGAAUAAUAUGCAAACCACUAGAGGAUGAUUUAAAGGCCGCACUUCAAAACAAUCAGCUAAUGGAUCCAGCUUUACUCCUCGAGGUUGUUCUCAAAUCGAUAGAUUCGGAAGUCGAGAGCAAAGUUAGUUCGAUCAAGAUAGAUCUAUUGAAGGACAUGGAAGAUGGUCGAAUGAGUUCUGAGGAACAUAGUCGAAUAGAAUCAAAGAGAAAUCAAGAGUUUAUUCUCCCUCAAGGCAAGCGAAUGAAGACUCUGUCAACUUCCAAUUCGACGGAUGGAGAUGAGAAAGCUUUUGUUGACUGA